UCAUCCAUUUACCCGAAGUACUGCAGCUCGUUCCCUUACCCACUCCCCUUUUUAUAUGAUCACAUGAGGACAAGUGGACGAUAUCACACACAACAGAGCAGCGGUCUUUUCCACUGGGCGUGUUGGGACGCUUUUGUAAUUUUCGUCACUGUCAUAAUUUGAGCCCCAGCACAGGAAAUUUGUUAUUCUUUUCGUCGCACCUUACCAGACUUGAACACGGAGCAUCAGGUCUACUCCCCGUGUCUGUGUACAUAUUUUCUGUCAUUCAUAGACUCGGACAAAUAGAGGGACUGUGCGUUUUUCGACAAUUCACACAUUUUGGAUACUCAUAAUAAUUUUUGUGCGAUGCGUGGAAUUAUUUGAUGCGUUACAUUGCCUUUUUGUCUCGGAUUGCGACUGAGAAAAACUGGAUUGGAUUGGAUCGAAUGCUCGUGUUAUAAAAGUACUUUUAUCUCACAAGGUCUAUGAAUUUGUGCUGCAUUUAAAACACUCGACUCAUCGUUGAGCAUCUGGCUUUUACCUUUUGCACUACUUCCGAUCAGAAGACGCAGGCUACAGCACCAUACAGGGUGCCCUUGUAGGCCGAAUAAUAGAAAAUUGAAGAGAUUUUGCGGAAUUAUAUACUACGAUUGCAACAGAACAGUUGUUGAAAAAGAUAACUGCACUUGUUUAGCUGUUUGCCAUGGAAGUGUCUUACAUUAAACUUUACUCAGUUUUUGCGUUGCUUCUUAGGAUUUCUGUCCAUGGGCAAGUCAGUGACAGAGACAGGUGUCCUCCCAGGCUUGCAUACGCUUAUUACACCUUCCAAGAAAAGUGCUACGAGUUUAUCAACCACGAAGAAUACUGGGCAGAAGGGCAGUCAUACUGUGAGGAAAAUGGCGGGAAAAUGUUGGAGAUAUACGACCAGGCAACCAUGGAUUUUAUUCGGUAUAAAUUAGACAACGUGACGGGAUGGACAGAGGCCGGGGUGUGGAUUGGAGCCACGGAUUCCGUGCUGGAAGGCACUUGGGAGUGGCACUCUGGAGCCUUCUUCCAGUAUUCAUACUGGGGUGAGGGGGAGCCGGUAGAUUACUGGCCGCUGUAUCAUCGAGACUGCGGGGUUCUGCGUCGAGAGUACAACUGGAGAUGGGCGGCGUAUCCAUGCUACUCACUGGGUUAUUACUACAAGUUCAUCUGUAUGUACGACAUGACUCCUCUACCAAACACGACUUCUGCUGCCACCAGCCUGACGUCAUCGAGACCAACAACCGCGUCCAGUACAUCCACGCCAAUUACCAUACCUACUCCAGCAACUAAUGCCACCACCACGCGUUCUACAACUACAAAACCUAAUGCUGCCACCACGCUUUCUACAACUACAGCACCUAAUGCUACCACCACGCGUUCUACAACUACAUCACCUAAUGCUACCACCACUCUUUCUACAACUACAGCACCAAAUGCUACCACCACGCGUUCUACAACAACAGGAGCUAAUGCUACCACCACGCUUUCUACAACAUCACCUAAUGCUACCACCACGCGUUCUACAACAUUACCUAAUGCUACCACCACGCGUUCUACAACUAUAGCACCUAAUGCUUCCACCACGCUUUCUACGACUACAUCGCCAAAUACUACUAAAAUAUUUUCUACAACAAAAGCACUAAAUGCUACUUCAACCCCUUUUACGAUUACUGCGACUAAUACUACAGCAAUGCUCUCUACGACUACAACAGUUAAUGCCACCACCGCGCUCUCUACGACUACAACACUUAAUGCUACCACCACUCUAUUUUCAACUGCAGCACCCAAUGCUACCACCCCGCUUUCUACGACUAUGGUACAUAAUGCUACCACAAUACUUUCUACGACUACAGCAUCUACCGAUAAUGCUACUACCACGCUUUCUACAACAAUGGCACCUAAUGCUACCAUUACGUUUUCUACAACUACAGCACCUAAUACUACCACCACGCUUUCUACAACUACAUCACCUAAUGCUACCACUACGCUUUCUACAACUACAUCACCUAAUGCUACCACUACGCUUUCUACAACUACAUCACCGAAUGCUACCACUACAGCAGCUAAUGCUACCAACACGCUUUCUACAACAACAUCACCUAAUUCUUCCACCACGCUUUCUACAACUACAUCACCUAAUUCUACAACUACGCUUUCUUCAACAACAUCUCCUAAUGUUACCACCACGCUUUCUACAACUACAUCACCUAAUGCUACCACCACGCUUUCUACAACAACAUCACCUGAUGCUACCACCACUAUUUCUACAACAUCACCUAAUGCUACCACCACGCUUUCUACAACAACAUCACCUAAUGCUACCACCACGCUUUCUACAACUACAUCACCUAUUGCUACAACUACGCUUUCUUCAACAACAUCACCUAAUGCUACCACCACGCUUUCUACAACUACAGCACCUAAUGCUUCAACUACGCUUUCUUCAACAACAUCACCUAAUGCUACCACCACGCUUUCGACAACUACAGCACCUAAUGCUUCAACUACGCUUUCUACAACUACAGCACCUAAUGCUACAACUACGCUGUCUACAACUACAGUGCCUAAUGCUACAACUACGCUUUCUACGACCACAGUGCCUAAUGCUACAACUACGCUUUCUACGACUACAGUACCUUAUUCUACGGUCCCUUCUACUACAACCUCAAAUUUAACAACAAACGUCGAUUCAAGGUCUCAGUUUCUCACUUCAUCCUCCCUGUCUGGUGAAAUCACAACGGCUCCUGCUACUGAUAAACCCUCAACAACAAUAACAAGGAUAUUGUCCACUACAGUGAUGGUAACAUCCGUCACACCAGACUCCGGAAACUCAACAACAUCAAAAGCAACAAAUAGAAAACCGACAGAAAUGCACAUUGGUUUUAUCAUGACCGGAACUAUACUUUUCCUUCUACGAUCGGUGCACAACCCCAUCGAGAGAAUGAAGAUGAAUUUGUCAUAUACAGAAGACAUGGUGUGGUUAUUCCUAACGCUGCUAGGGAUCCUGCUUCACAGAACAGGUGCCAGUGAGCUUUACCGAUGUCCCCAGGGUCUGUCUCACACUAUCUUCACCUACGGAGACAGGUGCUAUCAGUUUGUGAACGAGGAGAAAUACUGGGGGGAAGGCCAGAGCUACUGUUGGGGAGCCGGGGGGAGGCUGCUGGAGAUAUAUGACCACAAUACCAUGGCGUUUAUUAAGAACACAUUGAACGUGGGCGUGCAUUGGACCAAUAAUGGCGUCUGGAUUGGAGCGCACGAUAGGAGUGUUGAAGGGAGCUGGCAGUGGGAUUCAGGCGCGCCAAUGUCCUAUACAAAUUGGAACAGCGGCGAGCCCGAUGACUACUGGCCGUUCUAUCACCUGGACUGUGCCGUUAUGAGGAGGGAAAACGACUGGAGAUGGGGGAGUUACCCCUGCAGCACGGCCCAAUACCAUUACAAGUUUAUUUGUAUGUAUGAUAUGUCUCCACCAACUACAACUACUACACCUACCACUACUACUACACCUACCACAACUACAACUACUACACCAACCACUACUACAACUACUACACCUACCACAACCACAACUACUACACCUACCACUACUACUACACCUACCACAACUACAACUACUACACCUACCACAACAACUACAACUACUACACCUACCAAUACUGCAAUUACUACACCUACCACUACUACUACACCUACCACAACUACAACUACUACAACUACUACUACACCUACCACAACUACAACGUUUAUCACAACCACAACUACUACGACACCUACCACAACUACAACUACACCCGUUACAACUACAAUGCCUACCACAACUACUACCCCAACUACUACAACUACACCUACUACAACUACACUUACCACAACUACAACUACUACACCU